CAGAGGAGCUGAUUCUUCCAGACUCUAGUGGCGAACCGGCGUCUGAAUGUGCUGCAGGAUAAGGGCGGGAACAGUUUAAGGUGUGUUGUCUCAUGUGUCUGACAGGAGCUGAUAAAAGGGCCGGUCGGCAGCAGGUGGACUCACCACAACAUCAUGAGCUUCCUCACCUGCGGAGUCCUGCUGCUGGCCCUCACAGCUCCAGGGGGACGUGCACAGAUCGAUGUCUGCGGUAAAGCUGCCCUCAACACCAAGGCGGAGUCCAGGAUCGUUGGAGGCCAGGCCGCUGCUGCGGGGGCGUGGCCCUGGCAGGUCAGGCUGCAUAUACCGGUGUCCGGAGGGGCGGCUCUCUGUGGGGGGUCUCUGAUAAACAGCCAAUGGAUCCUGAGCGCCGCUCACUGUUUCAGCAGCACCAGCACUGCAGGUGUGGUCGUUUACCUGGGAGAGACAGAGAUAAACAACAGUCCUAACUCUGUGAGCAAGACGGUGUCCCAGAUUAUUGUCCAUGAGAACUACAACAAGCAAACUCAGGACAACGACGUCUCUCUGCUGAAGCUGACCUCACCUGUGACCUUCAACGACUACAUCAGCCCCGUUUGUUUGGCAGAACAGGGCAGCAACUUCCCCGGCGGGACCACCGUCUGGGUCACCGGCUUUGGGACGCUUUCAUCGGGAGGUUCUACGUCUUCCAGUCUGCAGGAAGUGAGCGUUCCCAUCGUGUCCAACUCCCAGUGUAGCUCCUCUUACAGUUUAACCAGCAACAUGAUGUGUGCUGGUCUGACACAGGGAGGGAAGGAUUCCUGUCAGGGAGACUCCGGUGGUCCUCUGGUCAGUAAAAAUAAUGACACCAGGUGGAUCCAGGCCGGAGUGGUGAGCUUUGGAGAUGGAUGUGCCAAGCCAAACACCCCAGGAGUCUACGCCCGGGUCUCAGAGUACCAGACCUGGAUCAGCAGCCGGGUCAGUGGGACCCAGCCGGGGUUCGUCAGCUUCGUCAGCGGCUCCUCCAGCAUCUCAGCAGCUCACUUCAUCUCCAUGGCUGUGCUGCCCGUCCUCUUCUCCGUCUUUGUCCUCUUCUGAGAGCUUUAAAGAAGCUCUCCAGGACGCACAGAAACUCUGGGUCAGAACCUGCAAAGAAGUUCACUUUAGAUGAAAAACCCUUGAAAAAGCUUAGUGUCACAUUUUCGUCUUAUUCUGUAGUUUGGUUCCAGAACAUUCAGAGACUUAUUUUCUAUGAAAGAAAACCAGAAGACGGGAGAGCAGAAGACAAAUCUGACCAACAGAAAACAUCCUCCAGUCCAUGUUUCAGGAUUGUCCUGUAAAGUCAAUCCAACUAUGUUCCAGAUGUCUAACAGGGUUCUGGGUUCAGUUCUGGAUAACCAAACACCUUAGAAAUGUUAAAACGAUUGUAAUUCCUCAGAGAUCUUUGAUUGAGGCUGAAGGCUUCACAUUAUUAUCUGAAUAUCUAAAAACAGGAACUUUAAUAGAAUCACAGUGAAUUCAGUUUGGUUUUAAUUUUUCUAAUGAACUACAUUUUAAUUACAAAAAUUCUUAUUCGUUUCCAGAAACCUGUUGUGUUCAGUUUGUCCCUCUUGAGCUUCUGUACAGAAAUGAAUCCUACUUUUCUCUGAUGUGGGUGUAAAUGAAGGGAAUGUGCUUUUAGCAGGAAUGUCUGCACUGAUGAAGUCUGUGAACUCAGGAGCAGCUUUGCUGAUCCAUGAAACUUUCUGCUCUUUCACUUUGUUUUUCUGCUUAUAAUUUUAGUUCUGGAUGUUUUACUUUUAUGAUUUAUUCCUAAGGAAUUUCAGUCAUCGCUGCAAACGUGUCAUCUCUUGGACUUAAAGAUGUUUGUGGUUGAAGGACCAAACUCUGUUUCUUAUUUCUUCCUGUAUUGAUUUUAAAGACAAAACAUUCAAAUAAAUCCAGUUUUUGAACUUCU